AACCGUUUAAUUCUCCUACUCUGUUAGAAAUUCGCCCCAAAAAUAUGUCUGUGGGUAGUGACUUUGGGAACCCCUUAAGAAAAUUCAAACUGGUCUUUCUGGGGGAGCAAAGCGUUGGCAAGACGUCUCUGAUCACGAGAUUCAUGUAUGACAGCUUUGACAACACCUAUCAGGCCACAAUCGGAAUAGACUUCCUGUCAAAAACGAUGUACUUGGAAGACCGAACUGUGAGGUUGCAGCUGUGGGACACGGCAGGACAGGAGCGCUUCAGGAGCCUCAUUCCCUCCUACAUACGAGACUCUACUGUGGCCGUGGUGGUUUAUGAUAUUACAAAUGUGAACUCCUUCCAGCAAACGUCCAAAUGGAUCGAUGACGUCAGAACAGAGAGAGGAAGUGAUGUAAUUAUCAUGCUGGUCGGCAACAAAACAGACUUGGCAGAUAAGAGGCAGAUCACCAUAGAGGAAGGAGAACAGCGGGCCAAGGAGCUCAGCGUCAUGUUUAUUGAGACCAGCGCCAAGACGGGCUACAACGUCAAACAGCUGUUUCGGCGUGUGGCAGCUGCCCUUCCUGGGAUGGAGAGCAUGCAGGAGACGAGCAAGGAGGGAAUGAUUGACAUCAAGCUGGACAAACCACAGGAGCCUCCAACCACUGAAGGCGGGUGCUCCUGUUAA